AAGUGUUUCUUUCCCCCUGUUUAAAAGUUUUUUCUGUUCCAUGCAUGGCAGGAGACUAAAAAUGGUUUGAAACUCAGAAGAGCAGUUGAUUUUUGAUGAUGUGUUAAAUAAAGAAGAGGCUUUGAAAGGGAACCCUGUGCACAUAUUUGUUUGGUUUACACAAUACAGGUGAAACACAAGUGCACUUAGAGCUGUUAGAAUGGUGUGGCUAAACCAAUAUUGAACGGUAGCUGAAGGUCUGUGGGAAUAUGGCUGAGUGGAUUAAAAAUAAAGGAUGUGGUCUUGUGUUCUGGAGGAUGUUUGCCAUUCCAGUAAGGUGGAAAAGAGGGAUCACAGGUUGGAAUGCAUGUGUCUUGAACAAUUGCUCAGUUUGGUUUAUAUCACUUUUAAGCGUGGAGCAAGCUAACUAUGCAUUUUCUAGUAAACAGGGAUUUUUUUCUUUAAAUUUGAAACCUGAAGUCUAGAGUUCCAAGCUACCUAAAUUUUUCCAAGUGAGGACUUGCAAUAACAAAGCCAGAGUAUUUUCUGGAUAUCAGGAUCCAUACUCUCAGGCACUCUUGAGCAUUCUGAAGGGAAAGUGGUCGACACCCCGUGAGAGUGGGACAAAAUGAACCGUGUAGAAGAAUGGGUGCUGCAGAACAAGGACAAAAUUGAGAAGGGGGUGGAGAUAAUGGGUCAAGGUUGUGAGGUGCUAGCUGCCACAGUGGGCCAACUCCACCCCAUUUUAGAGGCUGUGUUUGUGGCCUCGGCAGAGCUCCUCAAUAAUCCAGAGGGCAAGGAGGCUAAGUACCUGACUGAGCAGUUCGAAAAAGUAAACCAGAAAUUGGAGAGCAUCCAGGAUGAGGUUGAUCGCAUAGCAUUGGAGAUGCAGCGCACCUCCAUGAACAAGCAGAACUUUGACCGUGAAGCACAGAUGAUCAGCCAGUAUGAGAAGUUCCAGGAGUUUGUCAAUGCCAAGCCCAAAUUCAAGGAGAAGAAGAAGGACAAGUUUCUCAGCCAUUUUGAGAACACAGAUGGAGACCUGAACCUGGAUGCCCUGUACAACGCGGUCACUGGAGAAAACACCUGUGGGGACCCUAUGCUAGAGACAGUGGUAUCUACAGAGCAGAGGAGCCGUCGAGCUGUGGAAGAAUUCUGUGCCCGACUGAAGAAGCUCUUUGUUGUGGGAAUCAUAGCAGUCAUGGGCCACGCUGCCCUGAAAGACGGAAAUGUUGGGGAAGACAUGGCGAAGAAGUGGCAGGGGCGAAUGGAGGAUGUGGAGAAGCGCAUGAAGGCAGCAGUGGAUGACUGUACAGGGAAUUUUGCUGUCCAGGCCAAGGAGGAUAUAGAACACCUCCUCCAAGAGAAGCAAGGAAGUAUUGACCCAAACUUUACCCAGUCGCUUUUGGCCUUCCUCGUUAAGAAGUACGACUGGGUUUCCUGGUCUCUCCGGGUGUUUAGCCACGGGGGGCUGUUUUUCUGGAACUGGCUGGCUGGCAAGAAGUACCACGGCCGUGGUGGCGGUGGCAACUUUUUUGACCUCCUGACCAGGAACAACAUCAGGGUCGUGAUCUCUUUCAGUGCAGAUCCCAAGCCCAUCAAUAAGAGUCAUAUCCAAGAGCAGAUUGAGAGGCAAAAGCUUAAGGGAAACAUGGUGUCUGUGGCUCAGACCCUCUGCAAUGACCUACCAAAUUGUGUGGUGCAUGCGGUCAGUCGAUACAAGGAUGUAGUGGAGUCCAACAGCUUCCCUGAGGAGUGUUACUACUUCGGGAAACAUAAAAGAGCAUACCUAUGCAUCCACUCUGAAUAGUCGUUUGAUGUAGGAUCCAUAAUCACAAUAGUUAUAUAAAUCCAUGCAACCACAAUGUUCCUUUUUUUUAAAUCAGCAUUUUAAGAAAUGUCUGCCAUUGCACAUUAAAAGCUAGCCAGAAAACAUAGCUGAUAAGUGUGGACAUUUUUUGACUGGAUUUUACUGCUUGUCCUAGAUUUUGUUAAGCCAGGAUCCUUUUUUUUUUUUUUUUUUUUUUUUAAUCAAUAUUCAUAAAAAUGGAACAGGUUUCUUAUAAAAGACACUAAAUUUAAUUUUUUGCUGUUACAAGAUGUUUGUGAACCUAAAUGGUACUCCUGUAAACCAAAGAGAAAGUGAAUCAACAAUUGUUUUCUGUGUCUCUCAAUGCUUUCAAUUAAACUACAGAUGUUUGGUAUAUCCAUAAUAUAAAUGGCAUUUAAACAUUUAGCAUAUAUAUAUAAACAUAUAUGAACCUGUCAUGGCUCAAAAUAGUGCUGGAUUUUCAGAAGACAACCCUGCACAUUGGAGUGUUGUAGAACCAUUGCAUGGAAUAUUUGUUUUAUGUAGUUCAAGCUGGUUUAGUUUCACGUAGUAUAUCAACCUCUUUUUUAAAUUUGUAUAUGCUGCCAUUACCAACAAUAAAGUCUCAAUUUAAAUAUAA